AUGAAGCUGGAAAACGAGGAUGAGCAAAUAGUGGUGUUGAGAAAAAACUAUGUACAGAGUGCCUGCAAACUCUUUAAGGCGGCAGAGGAAUGUCGUCUUGACAGGGAUGAGGAGAAGGCUUAUGUGCUCUACAUGAAGUAUUUAACGGUUUAUGACAUCAUAAAGAAAAGGCCAGACUUCAGGCAGCAGUCGGAUUAUUUCAUGACGAUGCUCGGAGCAAAUAGCUUUAAGAAAGCCAUUGAAGAAGCUGAGAAGCUGUCUGAAAGCCUUAAACUCAGGUACGAGGAAGUUGAGGUGCGGAAGAGACUUGAGGAAAAGGAGAGGUUAGAGGAGAAGAAGAAAAAGGAGGAAGUGAAAGAGAAAGACAGUCGAAACUCUCCAAAGGCCUCAACAAUUAGCAAAAAGGACAGCAAAAAGGUGAAAGGAGAGCAGAAUGAACUAAAGAGUGUCAUCUCUAAAGCUGCCCAACCAACAGGUGGCAUCACAGCUGAGAAACUUUUUAGCAUGAUGAAGGACCAGACCAUCUCACUUAUUGUGAUGGAUGCACGCAGCCAUAGAGACUACGAGGAGUCUCAUAUUCAGGUCCCAGCUGUAACCUGUAUCAGUGUGCCAGAGGAGGCCAUCAGCCCGGGAAUCACUGUGAAUCAGAUUGAGGCAAAGUUGCCCGACGGAUCCAAAGAUCACUGGAAGAGGCGAGGUUUGGUGGAUUAUGUGGUCCUGCUGGACUGGUUUAAUUCUGCCUCUGACCUUAAGUUAGGCACCACCUUGCAAAGUCUAAAAGAUGCCAUUUAUAAGUGGGACAGCCUAACCAUUAUGCGUAGUGAGCCACUGAUACUGGAGGGGGGCUAUGAGAACUGGCUGCUGUUUUACCCAAUGUACACGACCAACGCUAAAGUCCGACCCCCGAGGCAAACUAUUACCAACAGCCUUCCUCAGUUGAACUUCAGUUACCCAUCUUUGGAGGAACCGAAGCCCCCGACUCCACCUGAGCCGGAGAUUUCUUCUGAGCCUCAAGAAUCACCAGCUCCUGCUCUGGUGAAUGGAGUCUCACCUGCUGAGCCGCCAAAAUCCAAAACCUCCAUGAUUGCUGACAGGUUCCCAGACGCUGUAGACAUCCCUGUUACAGGCUUGACAAAUUCUGGGUCAGACCCUGCAGCCAGUCAAUCGCCUGCUACAGCCAGAAUGUUCCCCCAGUUUGACCGAGCCAAGAAACCCGCUGAUCAAACCAAGACCAGUCAGAACCGGUCUGCGAAAGAUUUCACUCAGAACGGCCCAAUUAUCCCUGAUCGCUCUGCUAAACCUCCACUCAUCCCCAGCAAUUCUCUGUCCAAAGACGAACAACAGCAGAUACACUCCGAGGCGGUGGCAGUGAUGGAGAAGGCGAGGAAGGAACAGGAAAAACGGAACCAGGAGCGUCGUUUGGAAGAGGAGAGGCAGGAGAAGGAACUGAAGGAGAAGGAGCUGAAGGAAAGGGAGGAGAGCGAAAGGAGGAAGAAGGAAGAUGAGGAAAAACGACAUCAGGAGAAGAAGAAACUGGAAAGGCAGAAGGCAGAGGAAGAGGAAGACAAGGAGAACAAAGUGUGCAAUGACGGUGAGAGGAGGGGGAAAGAACAAAACCCUGACACGCCUUCGAAGAGCAUGUCUCUGGAUUCUCCGGCUCCCAACCACAUCGUCACUGAAAUCAAGAGGGAGCCUCUGACCAGGGCAAGGAGUGAGGAAAUGGGUAGGAGUGUGCCAGGCCUCCCUGAUGGCUGGAUGAAGUUCCUGGACACAGUGACGGGUACCUACAGAUACUACCACUCCCCUACAAACCGCGUCCACCUUUACCCCCCCGAGGUCACCGUCCCUCAGACCCCACCCUCCACCCCGCCAACCCCCAAACCAAGGUCACAGAGGCCCGCUGAGCCCGACACAAGCAACGAGCGAGAGCGGGAACAGUCUAAGCUGAAACGCUCCUACUCUUCUCCGGACAUUAGCCAGGAAUUGCGAGAGGAGACACAGAAAAAGGCCACCACCCCCUCCACCGCUGCUGUCAUACCCACCAUCAACAGAGAGACCAAACCUCCCACUGUAAAGGUUUAUUCUAAAGUGGAGAGUGUGCGUCCAUCUGCUGCAAAGAUUCGCAACCUGAAUCCUUCAUUUGGAGGUUUAGGUGCGUCGCUUACUGGUCUGCGUAACCUGGGGAACACCUGCUAUAUGAACUCCAUCCUGCAGUGUCUCUGCAACACUCCUGGCAUGGCUGAGUACUUUAAUAACAACGGCUACCUUAGCGACAUCAACAGGUCUAACAUCCUUGGCCAUAAAGGGGAGGUUGCAGAGGAGUUUGGAGUAAUCAUGAAAGCCCUGUGGGCCGGUCUGUACAAGUGCAUCAGUCCGCGGGAUUUCAAGAACACCAUAGGAAAGAUCAAUGAUCAGUUUGCAGGCUAUGACCAGCAGGACUCCCAGGAGCUGCUUCUGUUCCUCAUGGAUGGGCUCCAUGAAGACCUCAACAAGGCCGACAACAGGAAGCGUUACAAGGAGGAAGAAAACGACCAUCUGGACGACCAGACCGCAGCAAACCUGGCCUGGAGCAAACACAAGUUGCUGAAUGAAUCCAUCAUCGUAGCUCUGUUCCAGGGCCAGUUCAAGUCCACGGUGCAGUGUCUGACCUGCCACCGCAAGUCACGCACAUUUGAGACCUUCAUGUACCUGUCGCUGCCUCUGGCCUCCACCAGCAAGUGCUCCCUGCAGGACUGUCUGAGAUUAUUCUCUAAAGAAGAAAAACUCACAGACAACAACAAGGUGUUCUGCAGACACUGCAAAGCUCACAGAGAUUCCACCAAGAAGCUGGAGAUCUGGAAGGUUCCUCCUAUCGUCCUGGUGCACUUGAAACGGUUCUCUUAUGAAGGUAGAUGGAAGCAAAAGCUACAAACAUCUGUAGAUUUUCCUCUAGAUGGCCUGGACCUGGCUCAGUAUGUUAUUGGACCUAAGCAGACCCUAAAGAGAUACAACCUUUAUGGAGUUUCUAAUCACUACGGUGGCUUAGACGGCGGCCACUACACUGCCUAUUGCAAGAACUCCCUCAAACAGCGCUGGUACAAAUUCGAUGACCACGAAGUGACUGAAAUCUCCUCGUCUUCAGUCAAGUCUUCCGCAGCCUACAUCCUGUUUUACUCCACUCUGUGACGGUGCUGGGAGACAAAUGGCAGAAAAUAAACACCACGCAGCUUCGCUUAAGCCUAGAGGUUGUUUUCUUUACAAAAUCUCAGCUCUGCGAAGAUGCCGGCGCACAUUAGUUGAGGGUGAUCGGUCAUGUAUGUUGACGGUGAGGGGACGACCCAGGGACUUUGAGAACCUGGUGUGGGAGUGAUUGGUGAAGGUGGAGGCACACUGUGCAAUGCUUCAGCUACUAGAGGACCUUUUAGCUAAAAUGAUGCUGCCUGUAAACAUUACUGAUCAUCCAGAGACUAAAUCAAUGCUAAUCUGACUUCUUUACCAUAGUUCCGUUUCACGGCUGAUUCCUUCCUUUCUGUUGUACUCUGUACCGAUGGCAGCAAAAGCGUAUGCAGGGCUAGGAGUUCAAUGGCAUGUACAUUCUUAGCUACGCUUCUGUGAAUUAUUUCAGGUUUUGUCUAUCGACCAAAUUCUUUUUUUUUUUCUUCUUCUUAAAGGUAGCAACUAGUUAAAAAGGACCAUAUAAAUGAGAACAGACCAUGUGCUUUAUGGCUCUGACUGUAUAACCUGUGAAGGGAGACAGUGGGAUUUUCUUUUCCUGUUUGUUUUGGGGUUGUUGUUUUUUUUUUUUUCGAGGGAAAUUUGCCUGUUGCUUGUUCAUAUUAGCCACAUUUUUGCACAUUCAAAAUGCGAUCGCUUUAAGUUGUUUAUGUAGAACACACUCUUUAACAACUGACCUGUGUUUCCAUCCCAGAAUUCUUUCAAUGGAUGCUGAUCCUGGGAUCUUAUGUCUACUCCGAUUUAUCAUAAUCACCUUCAGAUUUGUCAUAAUCAAACACUAUUAAGAGGGAGACAUGCUGGGAUAGAUGGUAUUUUUUAUUUAAUUUCUAAGAUUUUGUUUGUUGUUUACUGAGCCUGAUGACAUGAAGACUGGAUCUCAUCGUCAGCUUCGGCUGCUUGUCUGGCCGACCAAAGGAUUUAUGGGAGAAAUGACAAAUGAGACUGAUUUUGCUUCUAAAUGGAGCAAAGAUUUGGAUUUGAAGGAUUUAUCUACUGCUAAGUAAACUUUUAUGGCCUAGCAUAAACUUAUCAUUUUUGUCUUUUAUUCAUUCUUUUCUUAUCAAUGCUCUAAAUACCGAUCAUUUAACAUAACUAUAUUAACCUCAGAAUAACUUGUAUGACUAUUUAUUAAACCUGCUUCAAAUGAACUCUGC